AUGGUUUAUCGUCUCAAAGACGAAACUUGGGCUACAGCUUUGUAAGUGUUUAGACUUAAUUAAUACUAUAAAAAGCUAAUGUUAAGACUGGAUCACUAAUUAGUAAGAGCUAAGACUAAAAUAAGGUAGAAUAAAUUAUUUUUAAUACAGACUAAUGUAAAAAGUUUUUAUAAAAUUGGCAUAUGUAACCGCUAACCACAACCUUUUUCUUACGUUUUGCUUUUCUAGUGCAUUAAAUCGCUCAAUACAAGCUAAACUGAAGAAAGAAGUUGCUGACUUUUCCGGAAAACAACUAGUUUGUUGUCCUUACACGGGCACAAUCUGUUGCUCUUCAAUUGGCCGACAAGUGCUGUUAAGCAACCUUACCAUUGAAAACAACGAUUGUAAAAUCUUAGACUUCAGUGAAGUUAAAUUUCAAUCUAUAGUUGCUAUUCAUCUCAUAAACAAAGGAACACAAGUACUAGUGGAUACAGACUUAGAGUAUAUUAUGUACGACCUGGCAAAAGGACGCGUUGUAAAAAUCUAUUCCGCACGUCUUAAGGAACGUUCGAGUGAUUUUACUUUAAAGUACGCUGACGGAACAUUCGUGGAUGUGUGCAAUCAAAAAGAGUACAAGACUCCGACUUUGCAAGGUCCAGGCGGAAACAUGCCUUAA